UUAGUCAAAUUUAGUUUAGUAGAAUCGCAUCAGUUCCGUUUGGCCGGCGAUGGAAAUAAAACAGUUGAGCGAAGAGCCGUCACCGUCAGUCGUCCAGCAAGAGCCGCGCCAGCUCCACGUCUCCACACUCCCCAUUUAUCCUUCAACUAAACUCACAAUGCCAGACCUGUACUACGUGCCCGGGUCAGCGCCGUGCCGCGCCGUGCUCCUCACAGCCAAGGCCCUCAACCUCAACCUGAACCUCAAGCUGGUAGACCUCCACCAUGGAGAGCAGAUGAAGCCGGAGUACUUGAAGCUCAACCCUCAACACACGGUCCCCACGCUGGUCGACGACGGCCUGGCCAUAGCAGAGUCCAGGGCCAUCCUCACAUACCUCGUCAACAAAUACGGCAAGGGAAGCACACUCUACCCAGAAGACCCUAAAGCCAGGGCCAUAGUAGACCAGAGACUGUACUUCGACAUCGGAACUCUGUACCAAAGAUUCGGAGACUACUUUUACCCGCAGCUGUUCGGAGGCGCUCCCGAGGACAAGGAGAAGUUAGCCAAGGUAGACGAGGCCCUGAAGUUCCUGGACACCUUCCUUGAGGGACAGAAGUACGUUGCCGGCAACAACCUGACUGUGGCCGACCUCAGUCUCGUCGCCAGCGUGUCCAGCUUCGAAGCCGCCAACAUUGACUUCUUGAAGUACGGGAAUGUUAAAAGAUGGUACGAGACGGUUAAGGCGACAGCUCCCGGAUACGAAGAGGCUAAUGGCAAGGGCCUGGAGGCUUUCAAGGGCCUUGUCAACAGCAUCAUGAAGAAGUAAAAAACAAAAAAAGUCAAACACACCAAUUCGGUUCCUGUGUGUAGCACAAAAACUAUAUCGGUAUUUUUCAGCUGCACAAAUAUUUUUGCUACGUUGUAACUGCCAUGUCUGUUUAUCGUAUGUGAUUCUAUUUUUAUUGACACUUUGUUCAAAGAGUUUACUGAAAUGUUGAAUUUUUGUAAGAUUUUGAACGCUAGUAUAACUAUAAUUAAGGCACAAUAAAACUAAUUUAAAUACAAUAAG